AAGUCAUUAAAUGGAUUAAUGAUUUUUUCCUCUCUUUGGGCUAUUCUUGAUUUUUGUUCCUGUUGAUUUUUCUUCUUUGAUUAGGGUUUUACAGCAUAGAGAGAAAUGGGAGCAAAAGGAAAGAGAAGGAGAGAGAAGAACUACAGGGCUGCUCAUGGUGGCUACAGUGGCCUCCCUCCGCCACCCAAGCCUUCUCAACUCGAUGCUUUACCUUCCAAACUCCGCCAAAUCAUGUCUUUCUCACAACGCCCAAAUGGAGCUAAUGGGUCGUCGAAGAAUCAGAAUAACGAUGAUGGGCAUGCCCAAAAUAAGACUACUUCAAAGGACAAAGGUGAUGUUCGAACCAAAGAUGUCAAAGAGGGGAACACUAAUGAACAAUUAAAGGAGCUCCAACAUAUGGAUAAGAGUGAAGAACAACUUAUGGAAAGUGGUGCAAUUGACAAGAAAAAGAAAAAAAGAAAGAGGAAGGAGGUUAAAGAUUUGAGGUUUGAAAUGGAAGUGGAUAAAACAAGCUCCCAGUUAAAAAGAAGGGAGCGGAAGAAAAAGUAUUUGGAAGCAAAGAAGAAGAAGCACAAAAAGUCCCAUGAAGAAGAAAUGGACUUUCCUGGACAAGAAAAAAUAGAAUUUGGAGAUAUUGUACAAGCCCCACCAAAAUUAUCUGUUCCUCCAAGGGCAUUCAAGAAUGCUUCCCAAGAGAGACUUAGACUACAGGCUAUAGAAGAGUACAGGAGUCGUAAAGGAUGGACAUCAAGGCCAGGAAAUCACCUUCCACCUCCUUUCACUACGAUGGAUUCUUAAAUCGUUUAUGUUUUUUUUUUUCUGAUUAUGUGUUGAACUUAUUUGUUACAUUGUACAAUCCUUGGAAAGCCAAUUUACUAAGCUCAUAAGGUAGCUAAAUUUUGUUAGAAUAUAAGCAAUACAUCAGCUCAAACUUCUGUUGCUUUUUA